GGUGCGGGAGUGUGGGUUCUGUACUGUCUUGGCUUGUCCCCCCCACCCAACACACACAAACUCUCUCUCUCUCUCUCUCUCUCUCUCUCUCUAACACUCACAACUCCAAAAGCCACUACUACCGCAUUGGCUUUUGUUGCCUUUUGUUUCUGUGCCUCCUAUGCAAUUGUCUAUGUCUGCUGUUUCUGCUCCCUCUUUCAAGUACCUUCAAAUGGGUGUGGAAUCUUACUUUGAAUUUCUUGUUAUUAUUUGAUUGACACUCUUCUCUUCUUCUUCCCACCAUGUCCUCUGUUCCACUCCUCCCCUGUUUUUUUUUUCUUCUUUUCUCCCUUGUGGUGUCCCUCCAAACAUGAACUCCUUUUCGUGAUUUGACCUCAUUUCCAUUCUGUUACAGUUCUCACUUUCUGCCUUUCCUUUUUUAAAACCCACUUGAUUGCACUCUUGGCCUCCUUUAUCCUCUCUUUUCUCUGCUUUUUUUUUUUUCUUUUAUCCUCUUUGGUUUCCCAUUUGAGUUCCACUUCAGAAGAAGAACCAACAACAACAACCACACUGGGGUGUGUUCAUGGAAAUUGAUCUGAAUGAUGCAGUGACGAGUGAGGCUGAAAAGAGUGCGUCUUGCAAUGGGGAGUGUGAGAAAGGUGCUGCUUUGUCAUCUCCAACAUGUUCAUCUUCUGGCUCCUCCUCCACACGUGUGUCUUCUUCUUAUAUUGAGCUUUGGCAUGCUUGUGCUGGCCCCCUUACUUCCCUCCCGAAGAAAGGGAAUGUGGUGGUGUAUUUCCCACAAGGGCACUUAGAACAAGCUGCAUCCUUCUCUCCCUUUUCACCAAUGGAGAUGCCAACCUAUGAUCUUCAGCCACAGAUCUUUUGUAGAGUUGUCAAUAUUCAGCUACUUGCCAAUAAGGAGAAUGAUGAGGUUUAUACACAGGUUACUUUGCUUCCCCAGGCUGAGUUGGCAGGGAUGUAUAUGGAGGGAAAAGAGCUUGAGAAAUUGGGAGCAGAUGAAGAGGGAAAUGAAACAACACCUACAAAGUCAACCCCUCACAUGUUUUGCAAAACUCUUACCGCCUCAGAUACCAGCACUCAUGGGGGGUUCUCUGUCCCUCGCAGAGCUGCUGAAGACUGUUUUCCUCCUUUGGAUUAUAAGAAGCAAAGACCUUCUCAAGAGCUUGUUGCCAAAGACUUGCAUGGUGUGGAGUGGAAAUUUCGACAUAUUUACAGAGGUCAGCCAAGGCGGCAUCUGCUCACUACUGGCUGGAGUAUUUUUGUUAGCCAAAAGAAUCUUGUUUCUGGAGAUGCAGUUCUCUUUCUUAGGGGUGAAAAUGGAGAAUUGAGAUUGGGAAUCCGGAGAGCUGCUCGACCAAGAAAUGGUCUUCCCGAAUCAAUUGUUGGUAGCCAGAGUUAUUAUCCCAAUUUCCUUUCUUCUGUGGCUAAUGCUAUAUCAGCGAAAAGCAUGUUUCAUGUUUUCUACAGUCCAAGAGCAAGUCAUGCGGAUUUUGCUGUGCCCUACCAAAAAUAUAUCAAAAGCAUCAAGAAUCCAGUGACCAUCGGGACAAGAUUCAAAAUGAAAUUUGAAAUGGAUGAAUCUCCCGAAAGAAGGUCAACUGCAACCCAGUGCACUAGUGGCAUAGUGACUGGAAUGAGUGAUUUGGAUCCCUAUAAAUGGCCUAAGUCAAAAUGGAGGUGCUUGAUGGUCAGAUGGGAUGAGGAUAUUGAGAUUAAUCAUCAAGAUAGAGUGUCUCCCUGGGAGGUUGAUCCUUCUGCAUCUCUCCCUCCCCUGAGCAUUCAAUCCUCCAGAAGGCUGAAGAAACUGAGGCCAGGUCUGCUGGCUGCCGCACCCAAUCACCUCACCACUGUAGGAAGCAGUGGAUUUAUGGACUCUGAGGAGUCGGUAAGAUCAUCCAAGGUCUUGCAAGGUCAAGAAAAUACAGGUUUUAUGUCACUAUAUUAUGGAUGUGACACAGUAACUAAGCAGCCAGAAUUUGAGAUCAGAUCUCCAAGUCACCCUAAUCUUGCUUCAACUGGAGUGAGAAAGAUUGCUGCUGCUGAGUUUAUGAGGGUUCACCCUUCUAGUUAUGCAGGCUUCACGGAAACUAACAUGUUUCCAAGGGUCUUGCAAGGUCAAGAAAUAUGUCCGUUUAGAUCCCUGGCAGGAAAGGUUGAUUUGAACUUCGGUUCUUGGGGCAAACCCAAUGUCAGUUACACAAAUUACAACCUGCAUCAGGCAACCAAACCUAACUUUCACUCUUUUGGACCAGAAGUUGUUCAAACUGCAUAUUUCCCUUAUGGUGAUAUUCACAAAGCUGGUCAAGGUAGCAGCAUGUUGUGCUCUAAUCCAACCAAUUUCCAACGAGAGGAUAUCCCAUUUAACACUCCUUCCAUUCAGUCAGGCAUCACAAUCCCAAAUGAGCAGAAGCUGCAGGACAAUAUUUCUGGUGCUGCUUCUUUAGGGGCAAACAUGAGGAUUCCAAAUGAUGACAAUUUCAAGGGGAAGGUAAACGCAUGUAAACUAUUUGGAUUUCCCUUGUCCAGGGAGACUACCGCCCAAAAUUUACAGAACUCUUCCAAAAGAAGCUGCACAAAGGUUCACAAGCAAGGUAGCCUAGUUGGAAGAGCCAUUGAUCUCUCAAGAUUGAGCAGCUACAAUGACCUGCUGAUUGAACUAGAGAGACUAUUUAGCAUGGAAGGCCUUCUAAUAGAUCCUAAUAAGGGAUGGAGAAUCCUCUACACUGACAGUGAAAACGACAUUAUGGUUGUGGGGGAUGAUCCGUGGCAUUUGCCUUUUGUCUGCAGUGAGUUCUGUGAUGUGGUAUCCAAGAUUCAUAUACAUACACAAGAAGAGGUGGAGAAGAUGACAAUUGGGAUGAUGAUCAAUGAUGAUAGCCAGAGUUGUUUGGAACAGGCACCAGUGAUGGUGGAGGCUUCAAAGUCUUCCUCUGUGGGUCAGCCAGAUUCUUCUCCAACAGUGGUUAGAAUGUAGUUUCAGAGUUGUCUUAUGUAUUGUGUUGUUUAGCCCUGUUUCUAUACUAUAUGAUCAAAUACUAUUUUGCACAUCUGUUGAUACCACAAUCCAUCAUAUAUUGCCUGGCACUAUGUAAUGUAAUAAACGAUUUGCUGGAGUAAUAAUGGUGGCAUCCAAUCCAAGAUUCCCCUAUCAUGGUCAUGCUCUAAUGAAAUCAAACAACUUAGGACCAA